CUUUCCACUCGUUGUGCUGGACACGACUCCUCUAUACUGUACCUGGUGCCGGCUCACUUUCUAGUUCUUGCCAGUCUUCUCCUUCUCUUGGUUUCCGUAAGCCCACGACUUUCCUUGAUACAUCUAUCUCUGUCACCAUGUUCUUGCCUCCUCGUGCCUACGUCUUCAUCGGCCUCAACAUCGCUCGCGCACUGAGCAUUGUUGCGCUCCUUCUCGUCUUUGCGAGCAGCAUCGUGGUCAUGGUGGACGAUAUCAAGGCUGUCAACGUCUUCGAGAACGGAGGGGGGAAUCAGACGAGUCAGGACUACAUCGACAACAGCACCGUCCCUGAUCAGACUGGUGGUCCGUUCUGGGCGGUUCUGAACCGACUCCUUAUCCUCGCUCAGACUGUGGUUUUGGUGUUCUCUGAAAUCGAAUGGCCGCUCUCGUUCUUCGAUCGCUUCUUUCCGGUCUUGGGAUCGGAGUUCGGCCUUGGUGCUCUCGGCUUCAUGCAAUGCUUGAUCGGCGCCUCCGUCCUCUCGCACUUUGUCGACACCUUCCCGCUUGUCGCCGCCUUCUUCCUCUUCUCCGUAGGCUGCCUGAAUAUCUUGCUCGGUCUCAUCUUCCGCGAACACGCCAAAAGCAAGCGCUCGAUCUUCUCCUUCCGCGAGAGGACGAAGAAUGUGCUUCCGACGACGCAUGACUUCGGCAUCAGCAAUGAGAAGAGCUACGGGCCGCCAGAGAGGGCUCUGUCAGGGAGGUCUGGGCAUGGGUUUGGGAGACAGGCAGAGAUGCAGGCCGCGUAUAACGGGUUUGCACUUCGCGAGCCGGAGGCUGCUGCUCAGUAGAGCACCGCUUGUAUGAUGCACGACAUCUAGUUGGCACCGAAGAUGAUCAUCUGUGAUCGAGGGUUGUCUGUAUUUAUGGUUCUUGGGUAGACAUGGUAUUGUAGCCUUGUAUUUUUGCUUUGCCGCUGUGUCUUCCGCUGCUGUAUUAUUCAAUUCAUAUGUCCAGGCGUUUUCGUACAAUCGUACUUCCUCUAGGCGGCAGAACCGCUAUGGCUGUCC